CGCCUCGCUCGCUCACUCGCUCGCUGUGUUCCCCUCCCCGACUUUAUGCGCUCUCCCAUUUCUCCCGGUCGAGCGGCCGAGUCGAACCCUAACCCUGGAAUUUUGCUCCUGAGGUUGGGCGGAGGGAUUCCAGCGCUCCUGGGGUUGUUGCAAGGGGAAAUGGCCGAGGCUGCCAUGGCCUACACGACUUCCCGGCAGCUGCCGCAGUUCAUCUUUGCCGUCGCCUUCUUCCACUCCUCGGAGUACGCGCUCGCCGUCUUCUACCACGGCCGGUCCAAUGUUACCCUCAGUUCACUUCUGAUUAGCAAACAGUAUGUUGUUGCAAUGGUUUGUGCAUUGCUGGAAUACGCUAUAGAGAUUCUCCUCUUCCCAAGGUUGAAAGAGUAUUGGUGGGUUAGCAACAUUGGGCUUGUGAUGAUAUUAAUUGGAGAGCUUAUACGUAAAGCUGCAGUCAUAACAGCUGGCCGAUCUUUCACACAUCUGAUUAGAAAAUAUCACGAUGACCACCAUGAAUUGAUUACUCAUGGUAUCUAUAGAUUUGUCCGCCAUCCUGGCUACACUGGCUUUUUCAUCUGGGCAACUGGAACACAGAUCAUGCUAUGCAACCCGGUGUGCAUCAUUGCUUUUAUAGUUGUUGUUUGGCGAUUCUUCUCUACACGAAUACCAUAUGAAGAGUUUUUCUUGAGGCAAUUCUUUGGGUUUCAGUAUGUAGAAUAUGCAAAAAGAGUGCCAUCUGGUCUUCCCUUCAUCAGAUAAACCUAUAAAAGCGUUACCUUAUUUGUGUCGACUCAUGUAGCUACCCAGGGAAACAAAUUCAUCAUCCCAUAUUUGCCUUCCUCAACUUUGCUGGAGAAGGAAACUGUGAACCUAGGAUCCAUCCAUAAGAAUCUGUGUAACAUAAGUGAUGUGGCCAAGGUGUCGAAGCUUCUAGUAGCUUCCUGGAUCCUUCACAUUAUCUGAGAGUAAAACACAAGAAGGGGGGUCAUCUUCAUCUAAGAUAUGUUGUUUUGAAGUGCUGUAAUCUGAAUAAUCCUUGUAGUACUGGAAGUUUUCUGGUUUCAUUUGGUGGUCUUCAAUAGAGAGGUUCUUUAACUUUUGAUAAUCUAAAAGUGGUUUCAUCGCCA